AUGGAGCGAGUGUAUGAGCGAGCUGGUGGCCGUAAGAAGCAACAAGUCCGGUCCAUAAAACUCUCUGACGUGGGGUGGGGUGACAACGAGGUUGCCUGUUUGGACCGCGGCAAGGAAGCAUUGCAGCAUGCGCUGCUGUUAGCGCAUCCCGACCCCGAAAAACAACUCUCGGUGUACACCGACGCGAGUGACGAACAUUGGGGCGCCGCCAUCACGCAGAUUCCUCGUGACCAUACUAACCGACCGCUUAGUGAGCAGGAGCAUCAACCAUUGAUGAUGUUGAGCGGAUCCUUCUCUGGUGCUGCAAAGCGGUGGGCAAUUGUCGAGAAAGAAGCAUAUGCAAUCGUCGAGACGUGCAGACAUGCAGACUAUCUACUGCACCGCCAAGAUGGCUUCGCAUUGUUCACGGAUCACCGC